CCCGGGCUGGGAGCGCCGGAGCCAUGGCCGGCUUGGUGGACUUCCAGGAUGAGGAGCAGGUCAAGUCGUUUUUAGAGAACAUGGAGGUGGAGUGCAACUACCAGUGCUACCGCGAGAAGGACCCGGACGGUUGCUAUCGGCUGGUGGACUAUUUGGAAGGGAUCCGGAAGAAUUUUGAUGAGGCUGCCAAGGUGCUGAAGUUCAACUGUGAAGAAUACAAGCACAGCGAUAGCUGCUACAAACUGGGCUCCUAUUAUGUGACUGGGAAAGGUGGACUGACGCAGGACCUGCGAGCUGCCUCCAGCUGCUUUCUGAUGGCGUGUGAGAAGCCUGGGAAGAAGUCUGUGGAAGCAUGUCACAACGUCGGUCUCCUGGCACACGAUGGACAGGUCAACGAGGAUGGCCAGCCUGACCUGGGCAAGGCCAGGGACUACUACACGAGGGCCUGUGACGGUGGCUACGCCGCCAGCUGCUUCAACCUCAGUGCCAUGUUCUUGCAGGGCGCCCCUGGCUUCCCUAAGGACAUGGGCCUGGCGUGUAAAUACUCGCUGAAAGCCUGCGACCUGGGUCACGUCUGGGCCUGUGCCAAUGCCAGCCGCAUGUACAAGCUGGGGGAUGGGGUCGAUAAGGACGAGGCCAAGGCCGAGCUGCUAAGAGACCGGGCCCGGCAGCUGCACAAAGAACAGCAGAAAAACGUCCAGCCCCUAACUUUUGGGUAAUGUGGCCCAGCCUCCCUGCCAGAUGACAGACAGCUUGAGGCCAGCACCUCCUGUUUCUGAGCCUGAUGAGGCCUUGAAGGUCACCCUACUGGAGCGGGAAGACUUGGGACUUGAUAUCAGUAACUCUGUCUACAUAGAUUCAUUGCCCCAGAGUGGCAUCUACUGGAUUGGAGCCUGCGAUGUUUAUUUCAGUCACUAUUGCUUUAUCUGUGAAGACACACAUAUUAGGGGAUCUUGGUUUUCAAUCUCUUGCAGCUCUGAAAAAUAGGAGCCCAAAAAAGAGCCAUAAAGAUUGGGGUGGGGUGGGAGGAGGGGAACAGUGGCAGGUGGUUGGGAAAAUUAGCAGCCACAGGGCCCAAGGGAAUCAGCAGUGUCAUUGUCAGUCGUGUUAUUAUUUUAGUCAGGAGGGUGUGAAAAUCAGAAAAGGGGCCGGUGUUGUGGUAUAGUGGGUAAACCACCUGCAGUGCUGGAAGCCCUUAUGGGUGCUGGUUCAAGUCCCGGCUGCUCCACUUCCAGCUCCCUGCUGAUGUGCCUGGGAAGGCAGUGGAAGAUGGCCCAAAUGCAAGUGUCCUAGUACCACGUGGGAGACUGGGAAGAAUAAUGAUUGGUGUGGAUAUGCUUUUUGCCCCGAGUGGCAGAUCUUUGAAUUCAUAGGGAGUGUCCAGCUUAAUGGAUGAUAUCCUUCAGGUUGCUGAAGAAGAUGAAACCCAGCCUCUUCUUCCCAUGAUGCAUUUGGUUAAAAAUUAGCAUCUCCAGCGCUUGGCUGGCCCUGCUCAGCAUCUGGAGGGAGCAGAUCCCCAAGGCAGCUGUAGCUGGGAUUUGCAAGCAAGGACUUGGUGACAUAUUUUGUCCCCUGGGACUAAAGCUUUUUUUUCCUUCUGAUUUUCAAGCCCUUCCAAUUAAAAUAACAAUCUCUGUGAAUAAACUUAUCUGACAGAUUUAUAGUUUGUAUUAUUAGCAUUCUCUCCAGGUUCCAGGUAGAGUUUUCUUUGUGGUGGGUAUGGCUUUCCUGUUAAGAAAAUUUGCUUUUUUGGUUUUCCCCCUAACUUGUCACCAGGGGGCGAGCUUGUCAUUUUCCUGCUGAUAGUGGGACCAUUAUAUCAAUCAGCUCCUACUUUGAGCUUCUGGUUUUUCAGCUGUUCUACCAGGAAAUCUUGCUGGGUGAGGGUUUUUAAGCACAGUCGGCUAGCUUCUUCAUUUGGUAAAGGAGAGAGACUUUCCCAGGUACAUAAAGGAGGUGAUAAAAGGAAUAAAGCUUUUUUAAAAAAUGUAAAGUAGCUUUUGGUGUGCUUAAAAUAAACUGUAGACUAUAAACACUGAAAAGGUGUUCAACAUCAGCAAUCAUUUGAUAAAAGUGAAUCAAAACCACAGUAAACCCUUAAAAUGCAACAAUAAUAAAACAACCUAAUUUAACAAUAAUAAUACAACCUAAUUUAAUAAUAAAACAACCUAAUUUAACAAUGGGCCAGUGAAGCAGGCGUUGUGGUGCUGUAGGUUAAGCCACUGCUUGUGAUGCCUGUAUCUCAUACUGGAAUGCUGGUUCGAGUCCCAGCUACUCCACUUCCAAUCCAACUUCUUGCUAAUGUGCCUGAGAAGUCUCAGAUGGUGGCUCAAGUACUUGUGUACCUGCCACCCAAGCAGGAGACCUGAUGGAGUUCUAGGCUCCUGGCUUUUGCCUGGCCCAACCCCAACUAUUGCCAUCAACUGAUGGGUGAACCAGCAGAUGGAAGAUUUCUGACUCUCCCUGUUUCUGACACAAAUAAGUAAAUAAAUAAAUCUUUUUAAAAAUGUGCCAGGAAUGAGCAUUUGACCUAGCAGUUAAACCAUCAGUUAGGACACCCACAUCCCGUGUCGGAGUGCCUGAAAUCGAUACAUGUCUCCAGCUCACGAUCCCAGCAUUCUGCUAAUGCAGCCCAAAGAGACAGCAGUGAUGAUUCAGAUAACUGGGUUCCUGUCACCCACAUAGGAGACCUGGAUUGAUUGCCUGGCUCCUACCUUUAGCCCAGCCGCUGACUGUUGUGGGCAUUAAUUUUAUUUUUAUUUUUGUUGUGGGGCGAUUAGAAAGUAAGUCGGGGUUGGGAGCUCUGUCUCUCAAAACAUUUUUUAAAAGUGGGCCAAAGACCUUAACAGAUACCUCACAAAGGAAGAAAGAUAGCUGGCAAAUAAGCACAUGACAAGAUCCCCCAUAUAACAUGUCCGCAGGGAAGGGCAAGUUAGCAAGUCUGCUGUACAGCCAGCCAUCUGGAAGCUGAAAUCCAGAACACUGGCAUCAAAUCCAGGUAAGCUAUGGAGCAGCAGGAACCUUCACUGUUGCAAGAACGCAAGCUAGUACAGCCACGUCGGGAGAGUGGUUUCUACACAUGCUCUUACCGUUGGGUCCUGCAGUCCUGCUCCUCGGUAUUUCCCCAAAGCAACUGAAAAUGUUCAUACAAGAGCCAGCAUGUGGAUGCUUGCUGCGGUUCUAUUUAUCAUUGCCGGAAAAAGCAACCAUGAUGUCCUUCAGUCGGUGGAUGGAUAAAUAAACUGGUACAGCUGGACAGUGGAAUACAACUCAGUGCUAAAGAAACGCACUGUCAGGCCAUGAAAAGUGGUGAAGGCUCAGUAAAUCAAUAGUAUCAAGUGGACAAAACCAAUCUGGAAAGUCUACGUGUGUUACGUGUUUUGUGGUUACAACUCCAUGACACUGGUAUCUGUUCUAAAAAGGGUUAAACCUUGUGGACAGUGGAAAGAUGAGGAGUUGGGAGGAAAGGACGAAUUGUUGGAGCACAGAGGGUUUUUAGGGCACUGAAUCUAUGAUACUAUACUGGCGAAUACCUGGCAUUAUGUAUUUCUCCAAACCCCUAAAUGUAUGACACCAAGAGUGAGUGAUAAUGAUGUGUCUGUGUAGGUUCACAAAUUACAUCAAGGACACCCUGUGGUGGGGGAUGUGGAUAGUAGGGGGCCAUAUAUAUGUGAAGGCAGGAGAUACAUGGGAGCUCAGUUUUGCCGUGAACGUGAGAUUGCUGUAAAAAUGAAAAUCUGGGGACUGUAUUGUGGCCCAGAGGGUUAAGCCACUGCCUGCAAUGCCAGUGUUUCAUUAGAGCAUGGGGUUGAGUUCUGGCUACUCUGCUUCUGAUACAGUUCCUUGCUAAUGUGCCUGGGAAAGCAGCAGAAGAUGACUCAAGUGCUUGGGCCCCUGCCAUCCGCAUGGGAGACCCAGAUGGAGUUCUGAGCUCCUGACUUUGGCCUGGCCCAGCCCUGGUAACUGUGGCCAUUUGGGGAAUGAAUCAGCAGAU